UUUAAAAUUGUUGUACUAUAUUCCACCAUUUCCUAUUUUCCCCGUGAAUUUUUUUACUGACCCGCUCCAUAUUUCAAUGGCACGUCAUUUAGGGCACGAUUAGUUGGCGUUUUCCCCAGUUGUUCUCGGCUUCUCAGAUCAGUCCUGUUUUUGCCUUGCCAGUUGUCGAGGUGCGAAAAUUUUAAGCGCAAAUGUCAGAUUCUGAAAUAGCAUUUGAGAAGCUGAAAAUCUCUGGGGAGAAAGAAGGUAUGACUGAAACGGAGCAAACGACGGCACCCAUUUAUCCGCUGAAGCGUAACUGGACGUGGUGGUAUUUGAACGAUGAGCGCAACAAGUCUUGGGAGGAUCGUCUGAAGAAGGUGUACACCUUCAACACCGUCUCGGAGUUCUGGGCUCUCUACGAUGCUAUCCGUCCACCAAGUGGCCUCAACGCGUUGUGCGAUUACAACGUUUUCCGUGACGAUAUUCAGCCGAUGUGGGAGGUUCCGGAAAACUCGAACGGAGGACGCUGGCUCAUCGUCAUUGACAAGGGAAAGACUCCCGAAAUGGUCGAUGCUAUUUGGCUGGAGAUUCUCAUGGCUUUGGUCGGCGAGCAAUUCGGAAAGGACAUGGAGUCGAUUUGUGGGUUGGUGUGCAACGUCAGAGGAAAAGGAUCGAAGAUCAGCGUCUGGACUAAGGAUUGCAACGAUGAUGAAACCAACAUGAGGAUUGGAGUUGUGCUGAAGGAGAAGCUGAUGGCCGCAUCCAAGGACCACUCAAAGCCACUGUUCGAUGUGAUCCGCUACGAAGAUCAUGAGAGCUGCCAGAAGAAGACCAGCUCGGUUGUGAAAGCCAAGCUUUCAUUGCACUCGUCCGAUGCUCCAGUCGCCGAGAAAUCCGCCGUCUAAAGCAGACCAUUUUGUAUCUGCUCUACUUGUUUUUUAAUUACACCCGUUGCUUGGCUAGUAUUUCACUCGUUGUUUUGUGAUUGGUUUAAUAAAAUUGAUGAAAAUUAA